UGGCCUGGCAGGGAGCCUGGGAGGAGCUUGGAAGGCUGCUAGAGAGGCAGGUCUAUGCUUGGACUUAGUAAUUGUUGCGCGUUAGUGAUUGUAGUGGAAGCUGCUAAAGCUGCUGGAGGGGGAGUUUCCCGGUGUGGGAUUCAGUUUGCAUCCCAGACAGACGGCACACAGUAAUCAGGAUCCCCCGCAGCAGGGUUACAGGAUAAGCUGCACCAUCCCAGGGAGCAUCUGUCACACCUGCUGUAAGAAGAUCUCGUGUCCUUGCUGGCCGGCUGGCACACUGGCACAGGAUGGUCAUAAAGGUGUUUUUAGCCUCUUCCUCCAGCUCUGUGACUAUCAAGAAGAGGCAACAGGAAGUGUUACAGUUUUUGGAAGCCAACAGAAUUGAAUAUGAAGAAGUGGAUAUUACUAUGUUAGAAGAAAUGAGACAGUGGAUGUACAAAAAUAUUCCCAAGGACAGGCUUCCUGGGCAGGGCAAUCCACUACCUCCACAGAUCUUCAAUGACAAUGCCUACUGUGGGGAUUAUGAAAGCUUUUUUGAAUCGAAGGAAAGCAACACUGUCUUCUUAUUCUUACAACUGAAAGCAAGGCCAGCACAAAAGGAACUUUAGAAGAAUGUACGAUCGGAAGAUAAUAAGCACAGGGCACACAGCAUAGCCCCAUCAUCUGUUGUUCUGAGGAGCCAAUUGUCUGUGACAGUUCAUGGACUGCAUCACCAAAGGAUAUAUUUUACUAUAAUGUUAGGUGCAGCAGAUGUCAUAGAGGUUGACUCAAUUUCCCAGGAUCUAACCAUACAAAUGGGUUUCUGCCUGGCUUGAAGAGAAUGUUUUCUUUAAACACCAGUUGAUCUCCAUAUCGCCCAUAUCCUUCAUGUCAAAUAUUCACCCUAUUCAUUACAUCCUUAAACAGUUGUAAUUCAUGCUUCCAUUCCAGCUAAAUGACUCUUAAAUGUGUCUGCCGAUUCUACUGCUACUUUUAGCUGCUGGUCUUUUGUUUCUGUGUUAUGUGUACAUAUAACAAAAUUUAGACCACACAAUAAAAAAUUUUAUGACCAAA